AUGCCAUUACAUACCGAAAGAAAUGAAUGCUUAGAUAGAUGGCUUUAUACUCAAACAACAGCUCAGAUCAAUACAGGUUGUGACGGUAUUAUUACUGAAGCGACAUGUGACUGCCUUUUUUUGUAUUGUCACCCCAACGGCUCUCGACAAUUAUAA